AAUAAUUCCACUUACGAGCCAUCAAGGCAUCCAUCUCUCAUGGCUUACUGUCCAUCCAGCUCACCGCCGGGGGUGCAAUACACCCGGCAGAAAGGCCGACUGCUAUCGGGACGAUCAGGGCUUAUCGGGUAAUGCUUUCUGCCAUCGCGAUUCUUCCUUCUUCCGUCCCGACCUCCGCCACUCCGCAUCUUCUUUCUCCAACUCUCCACCAGCUUCAAGCAAGACCAGAUCAUACCACAGAGCUUAACGUUCUCUCAUUAUCUCUCUGAUAAUAAUCAAAGUUAAUUAACGACCACAAUGUUCCUUCGCGCCGCAAUCCGUCUCCCCACCAAAUCCUCUCUCCCUCUCCGCGCUUUCUCAACCCGCGCGGCCCUCCUCUCCGACAAGCCUCCCUUCGCAUUUGCUAGCGGUCCGGCUCCUCCGCGUCUCCCUAAAGAGGAGCAAGAAAUCUUCGAAGAGCUCCAGCGCAAGUCUACCGGUGCCUUCAGCACCCCGCAGAUCAACCAAUCGCCCGACUCAGAGCCCGCAGUGGCAGCCGAGAUCAACGCCACCGGCAAGGGCGAGGAGCUUCAUCCCGAUGUGAAGUAUGGAGUGAAGCCUGAGUUUGAAGGAGAGAAGAACCCCAAGACUGGCGAGAUUGGUGGACCGAAGAACGAGCCUCUGAGGUGGGGUGCUGAGGGUGACUGGAGCUAUGGUGGACGGGUUACGGAUUUCUAGAGAUGUCAUUUCUCUGUUCAAUGUCCGUGGAUGUUGAUAUAUAUAAAAUAAGGUGCAUGUGGAGGCUGGCUUUGGUGCCUGUUUGCAUGAGUGGCGUUGGUUAUUGAUUGUAUAAUGAUUAUAGAGCUCUUUCUUCCCCCUCUCCUCUCUCGUCCUGUGAUAUAUGUGUAUAUUAUGUCGGCAUUGAAUCAUGUUUCGAAUGCCCCGAUCUUGC